UUCUCAUUUGUACUGCUAGGGAAAUCUCACUAUAAUUCCUUUGGAGCCAAGAGAGGGUCUACAUUAGGGGCUGUCCUUGGGUCCCACGACAUAAAUUUCCCCUAGCGCAGCCUGCUGCCGAGACCUCCUUUUAUCCUCUCCCUUUUAAAAACAACCCCCCCACAAUACCCUCCAGGCCUCUUCCCAUGUUUAGAGAGCCUAGCUCUAGUUUGCUGUGUCCUUAAAAUAUACGUUUAUAAACUUAGGUCAGCUUUUUAUGAUGAUACCUGUAUCCAUAACACAUAAGGAAAGGCGGAGCUACUUCUGAAGAAUCGCUCAUAGUUACUUGGUCCCUUUCUUUGACCUCAUUGCCCCAAGUUAUUAUUAUUAUUAUUAUUUAUUAAAUUUACCAAAUACCAGAAUGUGGUGGGGUGGUUUACAGCGCCUGUCAUCAAGACACUCCCUUGUGGUCGGACGUCUCUGGCCAUCUGUCUUCGUUCGUGGUCCAGUGUUAUUGCAAGUGGAGUCAAGACAACCCUACACACCGCAGGCAGAAAGGAAAAGGUUCUACCAGAAUGUCAGCAUCUCCCAAGGUGAAGGUGGCUUUGAAAUCAACUUGGACCACCGAAAACUGAAAACCCCCCAAGCCAAGCUCUUCACGGUGCCAAGCGAGACUCUGGCUCUGGCUGUGGCGACCGAAUGGGACUCUCAGCAGGACACCAUCAAGUUCUACACAAUGCACCUGACAACCUUGUGCAACACAGCUUUGGACAACCCGUCGCAGCGAAGCAAAGAUCAGCUCAUCAAGGCAGCUGUGAAAUUCUUGGAGACAGACACAGUUUGCUACCGGGUGGAAGAGCCACCUGCCUUGGUGGAACUGCAGAAGAAUGAGUGGGAUCCCAUAAUCGAGUGGGCAGAGAAAAGGUACAAUGUUGUGAUUGGCUCAUCAACAAGCAUCAUGGGUCCCAGCAUCCCGCAGAGCACGAAGGACACCUUUGUCAGCCACCUGGCAUCGUAUAACAGCUGGGCCCUUCAAGGCAUAGAAUACAUGAUCACCCAGCUGAAGUCUCUGGUUCUCUCGAUGAGUCUGCUUGACAAGCACCUCACGGUUGAGCAAGCUGUCCUGCUAUCUCGUCUAGAGGAAGAAUUCCAGAUCCAGCACUGGGGGAACGUUGAGUGGGCCCACGACUAUGACAUGUACGAACUUCGGGCCCGCACAGCUGCUGCUGCCCUUUUUGUUCAGCUUUGCUUAGAGAAUUCCACGGUCAAGCACAAGCUGCUGCAGGACUGAGACUCUGCGGCGGACAAGGAACGGGCGCCGGUGGCACUGGACAGACCUGUAGAACAUCCAGGCCCGACUGAGUGGCGGGUGGAGAAGGUGGAGAAGAGAGGGAACUGGUGUUGGUGGGGUGAUGGAAUCGCACUACUCGUCCAAGGCUGACCUGGUGAUAGCGGUGAUGCUGAUGGUCCUUAGACUGACUGGGUGUGGCGAUUCUCCCUGAACGAGGGGGCAGGAAUGCCUGGCAUCCGUUUCCUUCUGUUCAUCCUGAACCUAGCCCUUGGCACAUCCAAGCAGACUUCCCUUCCUCAUACUACACACCCUGUCCUCCAACCCUUCCAGGCUGAGAGUCCUGGCCUUCUGCCAGGACCCUUAGAUGCCCCCAAGCUGUGAAUUCCAAGGAGGAAAUCUGUUCAUUCCUGAAAGUGACAGGCACCAUCCAGCUGCGACUAUUUUGUACCAUUGUGGCCCCUAUUCUCCUUGAUUCCCUGGCUCACUAGCAGCAGCCCAGUUUGAGUUUUCCAGCAGGGUGCACAUUUUCCACGGGGAGGCAAGCCUCUUAAGCACAGCUGCUGCAGGAUGUUCAUUUCGGCUGGGCUGAUGCUGCCCACCACCCAGCUUGAUUGGAAUCUGGACCAGUCAGUGGUGUGCAGUUGUGGCGCAGCCUCACCUCUUACCCAAGGUGGUGGCUCACUAGGGGCUCCUGGCAAAUGGUACUUUGGACAGCAUGGAGGGGCGUAGGCACCUAUUUGACCUCUCAGCAGGCGAAUCACAGCUGCUUUUAUAGCAAACGUGGUAUAGUGAAAAUCUGGUGCAUUUGCACUGUCCUGCCCUCCUCGCUGUCUCUCCCCUCUCCUUGCAUUAAGCUGCAGCAGCAAGUUAUCUGCAGUUGGAGGGGGCUGAAACCUAGACCAGAACCAGAGUUAAGUCUCCCUAUAUCCCCCUAACCAUUGCAUGUCCUCCCAUAGUUUCAUAGCAGGCAUUUGUGUCUCCAAAGAAGCCAGAGCCUGCUAUGGCGGUUGUUUUCACCCCUUUGUGUACCCAGCAGAGAAAAAAGCAUUCUUCUCCCCUCCCUUACAAUUUGAUUAAAUAUUCCUGUUUGGUGCCUCUACAUGCAA